AGAGUUGAAGUAUAUCGUAUUUUCGUCUGUCUUAAUAAUAUUAUUUGAUUAUUUUUGGUUUAAUUUCUACAUUUCCGUUCAGUUUUAUGAUGUGAAGUUCUAUUUCAAUUGUAGAUGCUCAUCAGACGACGAAUAAUUGUUAAUAAUUGUCCGAAUCGACACGACUGAACCCAACCAAAUAAUGCAACAAGUUUUCCAACAAUAUUCUCGAACUAUUUAGUUUUGAAUAUUUUGAUCCUUUCCCGAAGUGUCGUUUGGCUAAUUCAAUCGCAGAUUGUUAUUACAAAUGUUUAAAAUGUCAUUAGGCCGCAAAAAGUCCGAUAAAUCACUGCCAGUCAAAGUGAUAACAUUCGAUUCGGAACUGGAAUUCAAAUUGGAGCAUCGAGCGACGGGCAGAGAUUUAUUCGAUCUUGUUUGCCGAACGAUUGGCUUGCGAGAGACAUGGUUUUUCGGCCUACAGUAUGAAGACUCGAAGGGGAUAUUGUCAUGGCUGAAAGCCGAAAAGAAAGUGCUCGACCAAGGUGUCAACCAAUCGAAUGGAGGAUGUGUCUUCAUGUUCUACGCCAAAUUUUUUCCGGAAGACGUCAACGAAGAACUCGUCCAGGAGGUGACUCAGCAUCUGUUCUUUCUCCAAGUCAAACAAGCCAUACUGUCGAUGGACAUCUACUGUCCGCCCGAAGCAUCCGUUCUGUUAGCCUCGUACGCGGUGCAGGCGAAAUACGGCGACAGUGGCGACGUCAUUGAACCGGGAAUGCUGGCAAACGAAAAUCUUUUACCGCAGCGAGUCAUCGAUCAAUACCAAAUGACGCCACAGAUGUGGGAGGAUCGGAUAAAGACUUGGUACGACGAUCACAAGGGAAUGUCCAGAGACGAGGCGGAAAUGGAAUACCUGAAAAUAGCACAAGAUUUUGACAUGUACGGAGUGAACUACUUUCCAAUAACGAAUAAGAAGAGCACUGAACUCUGGCUGGGCGUAACAUCUAUGGGACUGAACAUCUACGAAAAGAGUAACAAACUGCUGCCUCGCACCACAUUUCAAUGGUCAGAGAUCAAGCACAUCAGUUUCGACGAUAAAAAGUUCACCAUCCGACCGAUUGACACAAAAUCACCAAACUUUGUCUUCUAUUCACAGAAAUUGCGCAUCAACAAAAUGAUUUUGGAUCUCUGUGUGGGAAACCAUGAUCUGUUUAUGCGUCGACGCAAACCUGACACAAUGGAAAUUCAACAAAUGAAGGCCCAGGCUAAGGAAGAGAAACAGCGACGCCAAAUUGAAAAGAAGAAAUUGGCUAAAGAAAUCGAACUUCGCCAAAUUGCCGAACGGGAAAAACAUCAACUGGAACAGCAAUUGAUGCAACUGCAAACGGAAAUGAGAAGUGCCAGCGAAGCAUUGCGUCGUUCCGAAGAGACAGCCGAAAUUUAUGCGGAAAAAAGUCGACUCAAAGAAGAGGAAGCUCUGCUCACCGAACACAAAGCGCACACAUUCAAACAGGAAAUGGAUCGACUGCGUGAAAGCCAUAUAAAAACGGAAAAGGAAAAGGCCGAACUGGAGAAGAAGAUCCGGGACGCCGAAUUCUGUGUCGUCCAUCUGACGGAAGAGAAGGAAAAACGAGCGGCCGAAGCGGAUAAACUGAAAAACGAAUUGCUGUUCGCGCGUGACAGAGAACGCGAUGCGACCAAAAAGUUGCUGAAUUUUCUCAGUCACAGUGUGGCACAAUAUUCAAUGGAAUCGCUGAGUGCACCGGCUGCUGGUGAAUCGCCGUCAUUCGAAUCGGACCUAUCAACCUGUGAUUUAAUUGUUGCCAGUGGGAAUAUGGAACAAAUAACUAAUGAAAUCGAAAAGAAUCGGGUCGAGUAUUUGGAAAAAUCGAAGCAAGUUCAAACACAAUUGCAGACACUACGCUCGGAAAUCGAACUGCUGAAAAUCGAGGAGAACCAAUGCGUACUGGACAUUAUCAGCGGCGAACAGAUUCGGGCUGGCGAAACGAAAUACUCGACGUUGAAGAAACUGAAAACUGGUAACAGUACGAAAGCUCGUGUCGCAUUCUUCGAAGAACUGUAAUUUCGGUUCGGUUCGAUGUUUUGUUUUUUGACUUUGUGCGGUUAGUGGUUUGUGUAUAAAGUCGAUUCGAAAUGAUGUCGAAAUUUGGGACUUAAGACGAAAGUUGUGCUCGGUUUAUACGGAACGUUAUUUACCUUGGACGAUAUAUGUUUGGACCUGGUCUAAAGUUCGCAUUGGUGUAACCCGUGUUGCGUCAAUUUAAAAUUUUAAUUAUUUUUUUUUCUAAAUUAUUUUUUAUUUAAAUUUGUUUUAGACGCGAGGCAUUUGGUAUUUUUCGUGCAGGAGAAUGGUUUUUUGUCGCUGUGUUGAUUGCAACAUUUAAAUCAUCAAAAUAGGUGAAAAAAACUGACGAAAGUGCCAAGGCACCUGAUCAAAAUUGAUGUUAACAAUUUCAAACGUUGAUAUAAAAUCAGAGACACGUCAAAAUCAUCCACAUUGUUCGAACACUACCUCUUAUCUUUCAAGGUUUAUCGAUCAAAAUUACAAAACUUUGAGUGUAGAUAAGCCGUGAAGUAUCGCUCAAGUCAGAAUAUUGAUUGUUUUUUGCCGAUUCGUCAUUUUUGGUUGAUUUGUUAAAUCACCACGAAAAAUUGCCAGAGUGUCAAGAACAGCCGAAAAAUAUCGUCAAAGAGUGAAGAAACGUCAGAAAGACAUAGUUGACAUUCUUUAUGUUUCUUGACGUUUCUUCACACUUUUCCGAUUUUUCUUGACGGGAAUGCAGUGUAUGUCUAUAUUGUCUAUAACACUUUUACAAGGGAUCUUUCAUGCAUAUAAAUCGUUUGUAAGGUUGUCUUUUCCAAAAUUUGUGUGACCUUGGAGACCCUCACCGUUACACUGGUACUUUCGGCAGUUGUCAUUAGUGAUUUUUUCACCUAAUUUUGUGAUUUAAAUAUCAGAACCAUUGCCCACGGGCUUUAUCGUCCAUUAUCGGGUUGUGGGUGGACAAUGUCCACUGGACAUUGGUGUAAUAUUUGUCGGACUUUGCAGGAUGAAAAAUAUUUGAUCUUUUCGGCCCUAGAAUGUAUAUAACUAGCGUAGCCCUGGUGUAUAUCUUGCUGGCCACACUACGUAAAAAAUCAAAUUUUGUGUCGAAAUGAAGGUACUGAAGCCAAAAGUAGAAUGCAAUUGAAAAAUAGAAUCUCUGUUGGAGGGUCUGACGUGCACUACAAGUCUAAUUUUCGAAUUUUCAACUUGUCAGGCAGACCAUUCAACCAAAAUUUCAUUUUUCAAUUACAAUGUUCGUGCAGCUACGUUUUGACAAAAAAUUUGGAGCUUCUAUGAAGUGUGACGGCUAGGGUCACCCUUAAAAACAAAAGUUGUAGAACAAGUGUUGUUCAUAAUGCAAAGUCUAACAAUAUUACUCCAAUCUCCAGCCGCAAAUCUAUGAGGGACGAUGAAUCCCGUGGACUAUGGAUCUAUAGCCGUAUCAACAAAUUGGCUAAAAUAUUCUUCACCUCGCAAAAGACUUUUUUUUUAAACCAAAUGGCGAAGUCGCCUAAUCUACUUCAAAGAAACAAAGCGAAGAGACGAUGAAUUGAAGUGCCUUGGAGGAAUUCAUUUUCCUCAUACUAUAGCCAAUCAUUUUAUUAUUAAAAAUUGAUAUUCGAAUGCGUUAUGAACGAGAUAUUAUAAUUACACAAACAACAACAGUAAUAACCGAUAGAAGCAAAAAUCAAUUUUCCUUCCAAUAUUUUCGUUAACUCCAAUUUAUGUUGUAUACUAAACUACUAGGUAGAUCGUAUAGCCGUUGUUAAGACAGAGAUUAGUUUUUCGUUUUUUUUUUUAAUUAAUAAUAUAAUACGAAGAGAGUAAAUUUAUUGUAGAGAAAUAUCAAAUUAGAAUAUUGAUGAUGACAAGAUACAAAAAAAAGA